AUUCCCCAAUUUGCAACGUUUUUUUCCCUAUUUUCCUUCCUCCCAUUACUACUUUCCCCCCACUCUUGAAUUUGGCAACAGCGACACUCGCGCUCCUUCAUGUCACUCGAGCCAUCGCAUUCAAUAGAUGGCGACACCUCAACUCCUGCCACUUUGGAGGCAGCCGAUUCAUCGAGCGUAGCACCGCAUAUGACCCAGCAACAGCGCGACGACUCGGCUUUUGCCCUUGCACCGGCAGCACACGAUGCCGAGGUGGACGACGAAGACGAUUUUCUGUACCAAGAUUCAGACCUCAUGUUACAGUCUGAAAACAACACACAGUAUCUCAAAGGAGUGGUCCAUAUCAAAGGACCCAACAGCAUGUGUAAAAUUGUAUUCCUUACCAUAUGCUUAGCGGGGCUCCAAUUCACUUGGACGGUAGAAAUGGCUUAUGGCACACCAUACUUGCUAUCCCUGGGAUUGACCAAGUCGGUCAUGUCGCUGGUGUGGAUUGCGGGGCCGUUGUCUGGUCUCCUUAUGCAGCCGAUCGUCGGUGUCGUGUCGGAUCGAUGCACAUCAAAAUUUGGCCGACGGAGGCCGUUCAUCGUGCUAGGAAGUGUGAUUGUUGUCAUCAGCUUACUGAUCAUUGGAUGGACUCGAGAAAUUACAGCGCUGUUUACCGGUGGCACACAAGACGGCGAUACAUUUAAACAUCUUUCAAUAGGGAUCGCUAUUGCCGCUAUUUAUAUUUUGGAUUUCAGCAUUAAUUGCGUCCAGGCAUCUUGUCGAGCUAUUUUGGUCGAUUGCUUACCGCCUUCACAGCAAGAAGAUGGAACAGCGUGGGCUGGAAGGAUGGUUGGAAUAGGAAAUGUUGCAGGCUACUUUAUGGGCUAUGCAGAUUUGGUCAAAGCGUUUCCGUUCCUAGGAAACACACAACUGAAGGUGCUCUGCGUUAUUGCAGCCUUUGUCCUUGUGCUAUCAGAUAUCAUUACGUGCAGCACAGUGACGGAAAAGGUUCUGACGAAAGGACCGAAGAAAAAGAAGAACUCAUGGAGCGCACCCUUUAAAGCGUUAACAGACAUCACUGGCAACAUUUGGAACUUACCAAAACCAAUCCGUCGUAUUUGCAACGUUCAAUUCUUUGCAUGGAUCGGAUGGUUUCCGUUCUUAUUCUAUACAACCACAUGGGUUGCCGAGAUUUACGAUCAAGCAGCACUCCAGAACGGUGGUGGGGCCAAUCAAGACGAUUCGCUUGGACAAGCAACUCGCGCAGGCUCGUUUGCAUUUCUUGUCUAUUCACUUGUCUCGCUUGCUGCAUCGUUCGUCUUGCCAUGGAUCGUUUCGCCUUCCUAUGGCGUGGAUGAAACUACGACACAGACAUUUCGGUUCAAGAUCAGAGGCAAAUACUACUCAAUUACACCAUCUCGGUACCUCAAAAUAUCGUUCUUGACGCUUCCCCGCGCAUGGACGCUCGGCCACAUUGUUUUCUUGCUUUCCAUGCUUGCGACAGUAUUUGUAUCCAAUGUAGUUGGCGCAUCCAUCGUGAUAGGAAUCUGUGGUAUCAGUUGGGCAUUGACCAUGUGGGCCCCAUUCUCACUGUUGGGCGAAUAUAUCUCAGAAAUGGAACAUGGUGAAGCUCAAGGAGGUCGUCGUCGCCCAUCGCUCGACGCAGAAAACCGUGUUGGCAUGAAUAGACAUGCCAUGUCAUCCAGACUCAGUCUUGCUGCUGGAGGCGCCGGAUUGGGCACAGAAGGAGGGCUUUAUCAGCUCGUGGAGCAAUUCGAUGACGAUGAUGACAGCGUUACUGGGCCUCGUGAAACAAACGGAGGGAUUGAAAUGCAUGAUCGACAACAGCCCGUUGACAACGGACAACAGCAAUUAACAUCAGUCCCGACAAAACGACCCUCAAUGGAGUUCGAAACCGGCUCUUCGUCAAUGAUCAUGACACCUCUCGAACACGACAAUGAUGAUAUCAAUAGACGGUCUUCGGAAAGCAGUAAUCGAGGACUGCUUCAACAGGAACAGCGGGAACAAGAAGAUGGCAGCAACAGAAAUGGUAAUGGACCUCGACGGCGGUCUUCAGUGACAACAGCAUUGGAUGCCACUACACCUUCUGCAGGGGUUUUGCUUGGAAUCCACAACAUGUACAUUGUGGCGCCGCAGUUCCUUGUCACGUUCUUUGCCAGUAUCAUGUUUCAUUUUCUAGAGAAAAAUGCGUCCGAAGGUGAAGAAGCAUCUCCAGAUGCCAUUGGUGUGGUACUUCGGUUCGGUGCAUUAAUGGCGGGUGUGGCAGCCUUUCUCAGUGCACGGAUUGGUCGGCCUUAUAAGUAGAUAAAAUCAAAGUGCUGUAUUCCCCCCCCACUCUUUGAUGUCUUUUUAUUAAGAUUC